GCUGCACCUGCCACAAAGCCGGAGGUGACUAAGAAGCUUACUGCUCCGAAGGUCGUUGUGAAAGUAGGCAAGGAUAAAUCAGUCAUAUCCGCUAAAGGUGUUCCGGCAAGAUCUGCACCGCCCACGCCAACCGUGAAGAAGGUGUGUUUGCCUCACCUCAGUGUGAUACAAUUCAUCUAAGCCAUGUGCGCAAAGGUAUUGAAUUCUGGCACGUUUGGAUCUGGCGCUACGAAACCACCUCUCGCGAGCAAGGCUCCUUCUGCAACUCCUCCUACUCUUUUGAAAACCACCCCUUCUGCUCCCUCAGCUUUGAGGAAAUCUAUCAGCACAUCCUCUGCCAAUUCGCCAGUAAAGACAGCACCGACAAUGGCGUCUUCCAGAAGCCCCGCUUCCGGUCCCCCACAACCAUCUCGACGAACAUCCAUGCUCCCUCCAAGGGCGCCGUCUGCGACCGGCAACCCUCCGACACCAAAGUCGCGGGGCACUUUAUUGUCGUCCCUGACAUCUUCCAUGUCUUCCAAGCCUGCUCCACCCGAGGCCAGCGCACCUUCGCGCCCUUCUGUUGUUUCUCCUUCUGGUUCUGUUGCAUCGUUGAGGUCCAACGCUGCUGCUCCUGCCGCUUCUCGUCCUCGUGCUUCAAUAUCAGACGUUGUGAGGAGAACGCCUUCAGUUUCAUCCAUGAAGGGAGGCUCUUCGACUUCAGUUCCUACGCGGCAGUCUACUUCAAUCUCAUCCAUUCGAGAAGUGAAUGACGCAAAACCUCUAGAGGAGAUGCAACAGAAACUCAAAGAGGCAAUGGAUGCACUUUCAGUGAAAACGCAGGCAGUCGCUGACCUUGCAGCAACCCUGGAUACGGCUCGUGCAGAUGCUGAAGCAAGUCGCUCUUCGCUUCUGCUGCUGCAGCAAGAAAAGGCUGCUGCUGAGUCGGACCUUCAAGAGCUUAGCAUUACCUUACAACAAAAUCGUGACGAACACUCGCGGGUCCUUAUUCUCCUCGACUCCAUGAAGCGAGAGCUUGACGCGGCAAAGUUGGCGACGUCUGACCACACUGAUGUUGUAUACGACCUCCAAAACCAAGUAGAGUCUCUCACAGCUGAAGUGGCAGCGGCUCGCGAGAACCUUGAGACUCUCCGCAUCUCAAGCGAGCAAUCUUCUUCCGAAGCAGCAGCAGCAGCUCAGACCGAGCGGGAGGCUCUUCUUAGGGCAAGGACCAACUACGAAACCGUCGCCGCAGAAAUCGAAGCGUUGAGAGCCUCUCAUGCUUCAACAGUUCAAGAUCUCCACGUCAGGUCAAGUGAAGCACAGGAGAGAGCCGCUAAUGCAGACGCUCUCGAAGCCCAGGUUAGGCAACUCAAGUCAGAGCGCGAGGACAACGCGAACAAGGUCUCAGAGCUGGAGGUUGAGAUAUUGGAGUUGAAAGAGAGCCAAGAGCAAGCAGAGGACGACCACGCCAAGGUACUUGACCGCCUAAAAGGGCUGGAGGAGGAACUGGCCCAUGCCGCCGCCGCCACUCAAAGCGCUCUUGCCGCAUCUAAAGUCAGAGAAGAAGAACAUGCCGAGCAGAUGGCUGAAGUCAAGGAAGCUCAUAAUGGCGAGAUACAGGUCGCCAGCGACGAGCUCUCCAAGGUUGUUGCCGACCUUGAAGCAUUGCAGGAAGAGCUCACUGCUGCUCACGCUGCCCAUGAGCAGACAAAGCUUGAGGCUCAGCUUGCUGCUGAGGAGCACGAGCAUCAGAUUGACGAGACCGAGAGUGAAUGGUUGUCGAGGCAUCUUGAGCUUUCGGAGGAGCUCAAGAGAGUCACUAUCGAGUUGGAGAGUCAAGAAGCACACUACGACGCUAAAGUUAACGCUGUAAAGGCCGAGCACGAUUUGCUCCUGCAGGAGGCAUUUGAGCGCGCUAAGAACGAAGCUGGAGAUGUGCAUGGUGAAGAGCUCCAGGCGUUCCGUGCUGAAUCACAAGCGACAAUCGAACAACUCCUUACCGCCCACCAGUCGACGGUGGAUGGACUGAAAGCAGACCAUGAAGACGUUCUUGCAUCACAGGUCGGCGAUCUGGAGAAGAAAUUGAGUAACCAGAACCUCGAGCUACGUGCCACGCAAGACGAUCUUGCCAAAGCCAAGGCAGCGCUAGACUCCUCGCGAUCUGACACGGAAAGCCUGAAGGCGCAGCUUGAGGAUGCCCGGGCGGCGUUCGUCGCCGCCUCUGCCUCUGCUGACCAGGCGUCCGAGAUCGAUCGCCUGACGAAAGAACUUGCCAACUUCCGUGAUGAGAACGUCAUGAUCAACGAUGUUCUUGCCGCCACGAAGGAGUCGCUUUCGGAAAUGUCCUUCAAUCACACAAAGGAGCUCGAAGAAGCAGCUCGUGGACGCGUCGAAGACGUCAUGAGCCUCCGUGCCACUCAUGAAGAGGAGAUCGGCAGGCUUGCAGCUCAGAAGUCGGAGCUGUCUCUCAAACUUUCCGAUCUGGAGGGCGAGAUUGCUACGCUCCAGGCACAGAUUGCUGCUGAGGCUGCGGCUGCACCGAAGAGUAACGGGGUGGUGUCCCCAUCCUCGACUAUGGUCACCAGGGAGGAGCUCCAGAGAGUGCACGAGGCGCAUAACAUGAAAAUGCACGACGUGAUGGCUGACCAUGAGCGCACCGUCAGUGAUCUCAGAAAUGAAAUCGACGGGCUCCAGAGCAAGCUGGACGAGGUCCACACGGACAUUUCGCGCAAAACGAUGGAGAUCCAGUAUCUUGAGCAAGAACAAGAAGAGAGCCAAGACUCUAUCACUCGGUAUGUCAAGGUCUUUGGACUUCAAAGUGUAUUCGGAGUAGUGAUCGCGCUGGCCGUGAUUUUUGACUUCAUUUGAUUAAUAUUGCUCUGACGUUUCUCGGUUAUGGCCGCUUUACUUUUACUAUAAUUUAUCAAGCUUCAUACUUUCUUUUACUUGUUUGUUCU